AUGCUCAGCACCAUGGAUAGCAGAGCCUCUCCCGUUUGCCCCUCUCCAAGCUCGAAGAGCUACACGACCCGCCGUGUCUGCUCACCUGUCGUGCUCAGCCUCGUCGAGGACAAUCUAAGGGAAUCGUGCAGCGGCGAGACGUUCGGCUCGUCGCAGCCCACGAGCCUGACGUCUAGCGGCGGAGGGCCUCGUACAUCGGCCUUAUCUCCACGCAGGACGGGAAAGUCAGUUCUUAGAGCGGAGGAACGAGAGAGCCCUCUCACCACGUACACGCCGAACUCGCGGCCACGCCGGAAAUCGGAUACUGCGGUGACGCUGAGUAGCUCUGCCUCGGUUCAGGGGUCGCAGGAGAAGGGAAGCAACUCCAAAUUAAGAGCAGUCAAGCUGUGUAAGGUUUCUGUGCCGCCGCAAGCCCCGCACACCUCCACUAGUCUCGACACGUGUACAUCACCGGUGCAGCGGAGCGUCUCCUCGCAACAGGCGAGGAGGUCUGUGUCGCUCACAUCCUCUGUUCUGACCUCCAGGCCGACGGAGGAAUUUGCGGCAUCCUCCACGCCCUCGAACCCGCCACUAACGUCGGGGUCACCAGCCCCAUCGUCUUUGCGCGAGCACUCAGUCUCGAUUUCGGAGGAGGCGGAUGAGUGCUGUAUCUGCUUGGAGGUGUACACAAACGAGAACCCGAUGUUCCGCGGCGCAUGCCAGCAUCAUUUUCAUCUUCCUUGUCUCAUGGAAUGGAAGCAGCGCAGCAGCUUGUGCCCGAUGUGCUGUGCCGAAACACUCCGAGGUAUCGGCGAUUUUGAGGGCUCACAUCAUAGCGGAGCUGCAGACCCAGCUGAGGUGGCUCGACAGCGUGCUAUCGCGAAGCGCGACGCCGAAAUCGCGCGUAACCUGCAACACAGCUAUCUUCUUCAGGCGCAGCUUCGUGGCAGGCAAUACGCAUACGCUACUCAAGCCGUGCGGUCGUUUCAGGCGCUGCACAGUGGUUCACCAAGCAGCUCGACCAGUCGCUCACCGCUACACGCCACCGAGGUUGAGGAGCACCCCUUGAGCACAUUGCCGGUUUACAACAGGUGUAACGCGCAACGAUUAGGCGGCAUCGUACGUCAGUCGCCACCACUGGAUAAUGUGCGCCAGCCCCGUGCUACGGCGAAUGUGCACUCGCAGUUAACCGCACCGCCGGUGCAUCCAAGCACGGAGGAAAGUCGACGCUCGCGCAGCAAGCCACAGGCGGGGUGCGCUGUCAUGUAG